AUCUAAAUCUUUUAACUCAAACAUGCUAGUCCUCACAGGAACGUCAGGAAACCUUGGAGGCGGGGUUCUCAAAAACAUUGUCGAGAAGGAACUCAUUCCUACCUCUGAAGUCAUGAUCUCUGCGUACAACACUGAUGCUGUCCCAGCUAUUGCUAAAAAAGCGGGCAUUGAAGUUCGUCAUGGCAAUUAUGAGAAGCCAGAAACUCUUGUGUCGUCCUUUACAGGCGCAGAUACUUUAUUCCUUGUGUCAUAUCCUUCAGUUAGCGAGGAAAGGUUCGUAUACCACAAGGCCGCCAUUGAUGCUGCAAAGCAAGCAGGAGUAUCCCACGUAAUCUACACUUCUCUGACCUACGGUGGGCCUACCGGAGAGGAUACCAUCGCCGGCGUCAUGAAGGCACAUGUCAACACUGUCAAGUAUUUGAAGGCUUCGGGACUCACCUAUACUAUAGUCAGAGAGGCUUCUUAUGCUGAGAUAUGGAGUAUUUCAGCUGGCUUUUUGCAACUUGAUGACAGCAAUAAGGAAUUUGAUAUUGUCGUUCCUGGUAAUGGCGGAAAUACCUGGGCCAGCCGAGAUGAAUUGGCGGAGGCCACUGCGAUAAUAGUUGCAAACAAGGAUGAGUACAAAAACCAGUCUAUAUCACUGACAGGUCCACGCUCUACAACUAUUACUGAAAUUGGCUCCUUACUACAAGAAUACACUGGCCGCAAAGUCAAUGUCAAGAUUGUUUCCCCUGAAGAAGCCAUAGCAUAUCACAAGGCACAGCAUAGUCUUCCACCUGAACAAGAGUUUGUAUUGGAAAGUUGGGUAUCUUGGUUUAAAGCAAACGAAAGAGGAGAAGGAAUAACUGUUGACCCAGCUAUGGAAAAGUUGUUGGGGCGGAAACCAAAGGGACUGAAGGAGAUGGCGUCUCAGAUUUUCCAGGUCAAUCACAAAAUGGAAACCACUGAUUUUGAAAAUUAUACAAAAUGAUUAGCUUUCGAUAGAGCAACGAUAUAUCAAUCAACAUACAACUGAGCUAGUAUUUUCUUUUGAUAGCGAUCAUUGAAUUUAUUAAAAUCAUCACACCGUGAUGCAUACUUUUCCAAU